GAAGGUAACAUCUACAUCGUAGACUAUGAGAUGCUGGACGGCAUCAGUCCUAACUCGACAGACCCGUCUACGCCACAGUACCUGGCAGCUCCAAUCUGUCUACUCUACAAGAACGCCCAGAACAAGAUCCUGCCCAUAGCCAUACAGCUUGGGCAGACUCCAGGUGAAGACAACCCGAUCUUCCUGCCCACUGAUGGUGAGUACGACUGGCUGCUGGCAAAGAUGUGGGUCCGCUCAAUCGACUUCCAGUACCAUCAGACCGUCACACACCUGCUCAGAACUCAUCUGGUGACAGAGGUGUUUGCUAUUGCCAUGUACAGGCAGCUCCCUGCUGUUCACCCUGUGUAUAAGCUACUUAUCCCACACAUUCGUUUUACCAUCGCGAUCAACACCAAGGCCAGAGAGCAGCUCAUCUGUAAGAGAGGCCUUUUCGACAAGGCAAACUCAACAGGUGGAGGCGGUCACGUCCAGCUGGUCCAAAGGGCUGUAAAGUCUCUGACCUUCAGGUCUCUGUGCUUCCCUGAUAUCAUCAAAUCCCGCGAUUUGGACAACAAGGAGAAGCUGCCCGGCUACUUCUACAGAGAUGAUGGCUACAGCGUUUGGGAGGCCAUCAAGAG